CAGAUCACCUGCACCAGCGGUCACGGGCGAAGACGAUGAGCGGACGCGUGCCAUCGAUGAGCGGCGCACGGAACUUGCAACGCACACUCAGGUUCGGACUGACCAGCUGCAGACGCCUUCAGAUGUCGACGACCGCGCACAUCAUCCCCUACGACCCGGAGAAGCCCGCCACCGCGGAGGCGGCGAGGCUCUGGGCGACCGCCUACCGCGCGGAAAAGGCGCCCAAGGUGGGUACUGCGCGCACCUUUUACGGCGCAGGGCCCGACGGGGGGCACGCCGUGGUGAGCGCGCUCGGGGCGGGCUACGCGAAGGAAGGACCCGAAGCGCGCAAGGAGCGGGUCCGCAAGGCUGUCGGCGCGGCCGUGAAGAGCGUCAAAGGACUUGAGGACCUCGCAAAACUCACCGUGGAGGCCGCGGACGAGCCUCAGGCAGCCGCGGCGGCGGCGCACCUCGCACUCUACAAAUUCUCCUUGAAGACGUCUCCGCCGUCGCCCUUUGCGCCCGAUGCGCAGGUGCCGGUGCCGGAGAAGGUGGAAAUCGUGCCCAGCGCGAGCUCGGAGGAGUGGGUGCGCGGUGUGGUGACGGCGCGCGCGCAGAACCUCGCGAGGACGCUCAUGGAGCUCCCUGCGAAUAUGAUGACGCCGACGGCCUUCACUGAGCGCGUCCAAAAGGAAUUCGCGGGAUUAGACAAUGUCGAGAUCAUCGUCCGCGACGCGGCUUGGGCCGAGUCGAAGGGCAUGAACGCUUUCCUCUCCGUGACGCACGGAUCCGCACAGCCAGCCAAGUUCAUGGAGAUUCAUUACAAGGGCGCGCCCAACAAGGACGCUCAGCCCCUGGCCCUCGUCGGCAAGGGUAUCACGUUUGACACCGGUGGUAUCUCCCUCAAGCCGCGAGUGGGCAUGCAAGACAUGCGCGCGGAUAUGGGUUAGUUAACGUUAUAUUAGACUCGCCAGCCAGUUGUUCCCGCUCGCGGCUGCGGUCCGUGAGCGGUUCGGCUCGGUUGGGGGGAAUUGGCAAAGGAGAGGGGAUAUUUGAAAACGGACCGCGAGCUCGCGAGCGGACUGGGCAACUCCGUAGAGGGGACGCAAUCCUGGGGUCCGGACCCCAGGACAACUCUGAAAGUUGAGAGUAGCGCGCGCGCCCGGCGCCUCAGUGGCGCGCCCGAAGCGCGCCUUUCGCCUUCGUGGGUGCGUAGUAUAACAUAGAUAUGUACUAGGGGAAUCAGAGAUGUAUGAAUGCUAUAUUUCAAAGCAAGAGAA